AGCCCAUCCAACUAUCCAACACCAUGGAGUCCUCCUCCGUCAAGCCAAGAGCACCUAGCAAGGCACCAAGCAUGGCAUCAGCAACCCGUUCCACGACACCCCCCAACAGUCCUCGAGAAUACACAAAUCAAGUCCGAGUCCCUCGCCCCGAAGUCAGCAACCACACACGUCUCGUCUGUUGCCUCCUGAACUUCCUUCAAGCCGACAUUCCCGAACCUUGCGGUUUCACUCCAAACUUCUUCAAAGUCCACAGCACGAAUGGCUACGAGCUCUUCGCCACGCGUCUUCUCCCUACCUCUUGGGCUGUUACGACAGUUGGUCUCUUCAUCCCAGGUCUUGCCAACAUCAAGAUCUCGAUCCGCGUUUGGAAGGCAAUCGAGAACCACGAGAAUCACUACCGUAUCGAAGCUUUUGCAUCCUGCUGCUCUCGUACAGAUGGAAUUCUCGCUGAGGGAAGAAAGCUAUUGCGUGUUGAGAUCUCUAUUGGCUGGUGGAUUCCUGAGGACCAGGAUGCGAGCGACUUGGAAGAUUUGGAGUGGAUGGCAGUGUUGAGACUUUUGAGAAGAGCGGCUAAGCGAAAUUUCAACAUGUAUGGAGAGGAGAGAACUGAAGAGGAAUCGGAGGAGUUUGACCGGACACAAGCUCAGUUGUUCUAUAUUGGCGAUCGGGCAAGAAUUCGUGGAGAAUAUUGAGGGAAGGGGUAGUUCUUGCAACCUUCUUGUCUGGAAUAUGGAAAUGGCGGCAUCUCAGGGAGAAAGGGGGGGGAUCGUUGUGGUUGAUGGUGGUGGACACUUUGGAAGUAGAGAGCUUGUCUUGGAUAACUUUAGAACCUCUCUCUCAGAAUAAUUUCUUGGGAGCAGGGCCUUUGUCUU